AUGUCAUCUCCAGAAGCAGGUGGCGAGCGCGAUAAGCAGAUAAGAUUGACUUUUGCACUCACACGCGUCCAGCUCGGCGAUUGGCCACCCGCCCGGCGAGGGGCACAAAGAAACGAGGAACGGCGGUCUUCUGCUCCAGCACGAGGUCUCACAGCAUGCUGCAUGUACAUAACUAUGUAUCAAGACUACAUGAGUCUGAGAGUGUUCUGCAGCACGGUGUACCCACGGGCCUCGAAUAAUGGCUCCAAGUGUCGGGAUCGUAGUAAACUCCUUCGUACCUUGCGACGAGCUAUGGCGAUGGAACCGCCUCCGUCCAUCGGUAAACCCUUACACGAGUUGGCAAGCCAGUUGUUUUGA